GCUUUUCGGAGUGGUGAUUUCAAGAAGCAAGUAAUAUUUUUAGGGGGUCUCACAAAUGGCCUCCUUGCUACAGAGUAUGUACGCUAUCAGACUCUGUACUAUGAAUUUUUUUACACAUUCUUUGUACAUUUGCGGAAUGAAUGUCAUCACUGAGAGUCUUCCUGAUCUUUGCAUUGACAAGAUGGCAAAAUAGUGUACAGACGUGCAGGCACAUUCACCCCUGCCAUAAACCAACGUAGCAUAGAUGAGAUGGUAGUAGUUAACAUUCUGACUUGAUUCAUAAUAAAGGUAUUGCAAAAACUGCCGAGGCUGAAGCCAUUACACAGGUUCUUUGAUCGCUUGAUAGCUACUUGACUACUAGCAUACCAGAACUUACCUAUCAUACUUUUGUGGUCGGGGGAAGUGCUCUGGAAUGUCGUAGAACAAACUUUUGGAAUUUUUUGUACAGGCACCUUCAUAUUCUUUAUUAUCUCAAACUUUCGAGGAUACUCUAUGUUAUAAUAAGACAAGCUGCUCAACCUGCGUCCAACUAGCGACAGAAACAGAUUCAGUUCUUAAUGCUUCGGUUUGUUAAUUAUGUUAUUAGCGUAGUGACGUGAACUGCAACACCACAUGUCGACUGCUAUUUUUCUCACAUCACCAUCGAGUCGAUCUUUCCUCUUUAGGCUUACAAGUGGUUGUCAGAAGACAACUUUGCUGCUUUGAAUGCUUCCUCUUUUGUGGUUGAUGAAGUCCUCCGCUUUUGUUUCCUUGUCCUGGUGGAGAAACUGCCUUUGUGAUUACAGAUUCAAGAAUAAAGGCAUUUAAAGUGAACACAUCCGUGUUUGUGCUUAGUUCAUAAGCCUUCGGGUCUACAACAACAAGGGUACUGCCGAUUAUCCUUGCCAGCGUUUCAUUUGUCCGCUCAAGUUUUUUUGAAGACUUCAUAUGAGAACAAGGCCUCAGGUUGAAUGCAAGCAAGUGAGGGUCAACUGGUUAUGGUAUUUUUUGAUAGUCUUCCUGAUCUUUGCAUAGACAAGAUGGCUGGAAUAUCGGAGAACAAACUUCUGGAAUUUUUUGUACAGGCACCUUCAUAUUCCAUCAUUAAAUGUGAAGAUAGGAAUGACUGCUGAGAGGUACGCGAUGAUCAACUCCGAUCAAACACAUGUAGAGUCCACAAGCUCCAAGCAAGAUGAGCAUGAAGAGCUUUCAUACCUUCCUUUUUUCUGCCUGAAUUUGAACUUUGGAAUUCCAAAUUUGAAGUACAGUUCUGUCAAUCAUAUUCAUAACUCGCUGGUUACUACUCUGCAUGGACUUGAGUGAGUGGUCAACUUGGAGUACUGAUAAAAUGCUUAUUUUCCAUUGUACGGACAACUAAUGUUUCCAUCGACAUCGGUGGUGCGACCAUAGAGCACAGUUAUAAUUAGAGCUUUGAAGAUCGAGAUACAGGGAUACAGCGGAAAUAGAACAACUAACAUAUUUCCUUAUUAAUGAAGAAGCGUCCCAAGGAGUAAUGUUGAUGGGCCAUAGCAAUGGAUGCCAGUGUCUGCUACAGAAUAUUGUUCACUAUCUAAGAAGAGGAAGUGGUUGCUCAAAGGGUGUACGAGGAGUUAUAUUACAGUGUGUGCAGAUUUGGAUUAAUGCGCAUCCGCAUUUUGUGCUUCUACAUCAACAGUUUAUCUCUGCAAAUCCGUCCCAAGAUUUCAUGUUGGUUUGUGAAUCCAAAUGGCAGUUGGGUAUGAUGAUUCACUACUCUCAAAAUAAGCCUCUUGCGUUGGACAGCACAUUUGCGACAACCAAGUAUGAUUUCAGAUUUAUCUGGUGGGUGUAUGCUUUAUGUGAGGUAUGUGCCAUUUUUUCUCCUCCACAUCUAACUUUUUUCUUUCUGUGUUUUUUUUCUUGAACAUGGUCUAGUAUAUAUACUCUAACUUAAAAUUUUUACAUUGACAGAGAACACAUAGAAAAAAAAAACAUAAGUAGUUUUCUUUUCUGUCGAAACUACCUGACGUAGGUCUGAUGAGUUAUAUCAAUGAAUAUGACAAGAAGUAAACUUGCAAGUUAUUUAUGCAGAAGUAAUGGUGAAAGGGUGUCUGAAAAGUACCAGUGCUGAAAAGUACACACACUGAAUGGAUAUCGAGAUAGGAUUGCCUAGAGUUGAACCUACUUAUUUGAUUACUAUCCAGUGUUCUUUGUAGGUCUUCUAGUUCCUUUCGGACUUGAGGACUUGGACCUCAUAGAUUUCUUCAAAAUGAUAUCAGAUCUUGGGGAAGGGACAAUGGCGAGUAUAGCAUUGUAUCUCCAAAAGGACAUGCUUGACUGCAAGAAUCCAAGUACUCUAUUUGGAUCUCAAGUACUCACUAUACAGAUACAGAGAACGAUGGCACAUCCUCUCUAUGUGCAUAUCGCAAAAGAUACCUGCACGUAGUACAUGCAAUGUAUGCAUGAUUUUGCAUCAUGGGACAAGCAGGACGAAACUUCUUGUUUGUAGGAGAAUACAAAAAAUCGCCCGGAAAUGUAAUGAGUUGUCUGAAGUAAUCCCUAUUUUUCAGUAGUACGGCCUACAAGCGUGAAACAUAUGCUCUCGACUUCAGAAUAAAAAGUUGAUCAAACAAAUGGUAACAUGACAACUUAUACUUAGAUGUUUAGUUUGACUAGCUUUUGUCACUUUUCUCCUCCAACUAAUUUGCACAGUCAAGGUGCAUUUGGUUUCACUUUUUCUCCAUGAUAUUAAUCAGUUUAGAAUUUCAGUUAAAGUACAUUAAAACUGAAGGCUAAUAAGCGAAAUGCUUGAAGAAAAAAUAACAUGCCUGAAUUAAGGACAAUGUUCAACUCUGAUAUGUUAGAAGGUAAUGUAGACAUUGAUUUUCAAGUUGGACCCCAAACGGAUAUAUUUUAGCAGCUUUAUUUCUUGUGCACAGUCGAGUUUCAUUUGAUUUCAAGAUAGGAAUUACUAGUUCAUAUUUCCCAUCUCGUAUCCUUCACUUCCUAGACUGCUGUCUCGGGACCCUCGCUUCCAUGUCUUCCUGAGACAUGUUACUUGUUUGUACAUUUUUAGGCAGAGUUUUGAAGGUAGGUCUGCACACGGUUUAGUCUUAUGCAUUGUACAGUAUAAUAGUUGUUGGAAUAAAUUGUACCAGUGAGUCACAAGUGCUCACUCACGUUCAAGUAUUCUCUAGAAGCCAAGCAAGAAGAGAAAGAAGGUCAAGCGUUUUGAAGACUCUAACUGAUCACUUGUUCCAUCAACUUUUGUGAUACAAGAGUUGGCUUGUUAUGGACUAAGUAAUGCAUUUAUCCAUGCUGCACAUAACUAAUUAUAUUUUAUGUGUUGUUAUCAUGCAGUUUCCUUUUUUUACAUUGAUUGCAUUUGAUAGCCAUCAAAUGGGAUUACCUGUUGCUUGGAGUAUUCAACAAAAAGAAACAACACAGAUGAUAGUGGACUUUUUGCAAAAAAUCAAAGAUGCAGCAUUAAAAUUGAAGCCUGACUGGAAACCAAGUUGCUUUAUAUUUGAUUGUGCUCCUCAAGAGGUGGCUGCUUUGAAAGCUGUAUUUCCAGGAUUUUCUGUACAUUUCAUAUUCGAAGGGCAUGGAAGGAAAAUCUUAUUCAAAAACUGAAAAACUGAACGCUUAUAUUGGAAAUGUCUGAUGCUUUGGGAGAAAUGAUGUAUGCUAACAGUGAACUUUUGAUGUGGGGACGUUGGAUGCAAUCCAAACUAGAUUUUCUUCAGAAAUUGAGUUUCUAAACUACUUCAAACAAGACUGGAUCGGAAGAAGAGAUAAAUGAUUGGUGAUUUGUCGAAAUUUUGAUCACGCGAACCAACUGACAAAUGGUGCAACAGAAGCUUGGCAUUUGACCAUGAAAAAGAUGAUUCAAAGAAUGAUAUGUGGUUUAAAAGCUCGUCAAUUGGACAAAUUGUUAGACAUGCUUUUUGGAAGCAUGUUGCCGUUCUUUCUUUAUAAUAUUUGUAGGAAGGCAAUGGGAUUGGUAGUGAAUUGGAGAAAGGAAGAGGUUGCUAUUUCCAGUGUAUGGGCAGCAGAAAACAAAAUGAAAUAUGCUCAGGUGGCGAUUCCAGACCCCUUAAAGCCAAACUUUGCUGAGACCAAGUGGCUUGACAUUGAGAAGAAGGCUCGGGAUCGUUGACAAGUAUCACGGUGCAAAGAGAAGCCAUUCAAUUCUGAAGAAUAUUUGAAGAAAAAACGGUGUCUAAUUACCAAAGAACAAGAAAUUCUUUGAUUUGAACGUGCCUCUUGAAGGUGUUCACGGUGAUAGCGGUAGCUAUCUGGAUAUUACCAAUGAUAGUCCAGCUCUACAGAAUGUUAUAUCAGAGUUCAGUGAUGUCAUUUGUGAUAACAUACUUCUUCCUGAUGUUAUCUAAAAGAGAGACAAUUAGAGAAGAGUUGUUCAGGCAAAGCACUCAACUGCGUGGAAAACGCAAAAGUAGGAAACCACAAACUGAUAUGAAUAGUACCUCUUUGCCUACAAGUAGAUUAUCCCUGCCAAAACGAUUAGGUAGAGAGCUUUCAGCUGACACACAUACAAUCAAUCUAAAUGAUGAUCCGAUAUAGUGAAUAGACUCAUAUACAAGAGGUAAGUUUCAUUUUUUGUUACUGUUUUUCUCCUUGCCUAAGACCACCUGGUAGGUACUUGACAAGCGAGAAAGCUAGUUUUUCAGUUAGAAAGUUCAAAAGUUUACUUCGCGUGAUCUCUAUGUCUAGAAGUUUGAAAUUUUGAAUUUUAUACAUAUUUCUCCAUCUUGGCACAUGAAUCUUUAUGAAUACAUGCCAAUUUGUAUUAAAUUUAUUGUGAACACAUUGCUUCCUGAUGUCUAAAUGCUUUUUAUAGCACAAUACAACUCUUUCGGUUUUCAUUCAUGGAUGAUUUCCCUUCGGUUUAUUUCUGUACUAGUGUUUCUAGUUUCUUCGUCAUUUCUAGCAAUGAUAAUGUGUCGAGAGCUGCGAAGAAAGUGACUGGUCUUACGAAUGCGCCUCUAGGUCAGGCUUCUUCUUCCGGCUUGUCUGGCUUACCUGUAGUCAUGCAGAAAGUUUCCUGGUGUAAGCUACGUUGCUGUCAAUGAGGAUACUGCUACAGAGAAGGGUAUGUCUUCAAUGCGGUAUCAGUACGCAGACGACGACUGUGGGUGGCUUGAAGUUGUGGAGAAACUUCCGACAGCGUCAAGGGUUGUAUGUGUUCUCGCACCUUCCAUCCAAAGAGCAAUUCAGGAAGAAACAUCUAUUCAUGUGGUUACGGCUUACUUAGAGUUUCUUAAGAACCAUCUCUCAGGCACGUCACUAGCAUACACUAUCGCCAUUCUGGUUGUGCGGAGAAAGAUGCUGGCUACUAGCCUGAUUUUGGGUUCAUCAUCGAAUUUUAUUUCUACCAAAUUUGCGGGUGAAAGUGGACCAAUCAGUCGUUCAGCUACGGUGGAUCUUGUUUUGGGAACACUUUGCAAGGCUUUAGAAUCAGGGACUGUUACAGAUCUAACUUGGGACGAAUUGAGGUUCAUAAGAUCACCUAUUGUAACCCUUGUUACACCUCAAGUAGCUGCACACGCCAAGGAGCUUACUUCAAGACAAUUGAAAGUUCAUCAGAUUGUCGUGGAUGCUGCACUGGAAGUUCUUUCUUUGCUGGGUCAACAUGAGACAGAAGAGAAGAGAAAGAGCGUGACUUUUUCAGAAGCUUUUGACCGCACUUUUUCCUGCUUGUGGUGGGCAACCAUGGGGAUGGGACUUAGAGGUUCCAAUCAGAUGGCUAGAAGACACUAUUGGGAAGCAGCCACUGCUUUCUGAAGCUCAGGCUGUAGGUCAUAAAUAUCAUCAUAAAUAUGUGUGGUUUUUAAAAUUGUAGCAGAAUUCGAUUGUCUAAAAGACUCAAAAGAGCAGAUUCACAUUAAUGUACCAAAUUUAGUUGUCUUUCUCCUAACUUUAAAAAAUAAGGAAGAUCUCGGUGGCCUAGGUAUCAAAGGUUAUAUGUUUCAGACCGAUUUUUGAGAAAGAAAUUGUUGGUGAACAAUCAUGAUGCACCCAUUGUUGGACUAAAGGAAU